AUGGUAAAGCAAACUAUCAUCGCUCUAGCAGAGCAUCUCACAAGAUCCUCAAGAUCCAUCCCUCCUUUCAAACCAUCCUUCAAAAACAUGUUAAAAGACCCAUCCAAAAAAUAUAAACCUUUCAUAUCUCCAAACAUCCAAAACAGAAAAUGGCCAAACAACAGAAUCACUAAACCGCCCCGUUGGCUUUCCACAGAUCUAAGAGACGGUAACCAGUCUCUGCCUGACCCAAUGUCUGUAGAACAAAAGAAAGAGUAUUUCCAUAAACUGAUCUCCAUGGGCUUCAAAGAAAUAGAAGUGGCCUUCCCCUCUGCCUCACAAACCGACUUCGAUUUCACACGGUACGCUGUGGAAAACGCUCCAGACGAUGUCACCAUCCAAGCACUGGUACAGUCACGUGAACAUCUGAUUAGAAGAACGGUAGAAGCCUUGAGUGGUGCCAAGAGAGCCACCAUUCACACAUACUUGGCCACAAGCGACAUGUUCAGAGAAAUAGUCUUCAACAUGUCACAGGAGGAAGCCAUUGAAAAAGCUGUUGAGGCAACCAAGCUUGUCAGAAAGUUAACCAAGGACGAUCCUAACCAACAGUCUACUAUCUGGUCCUACGAGUUCUCUCCAGAAUGUUUCAGUGAUACACCAACAGAUUUCGCAGUCAAAAUUUGUGAAGCCGUCAAGGCCGCUUGGGAACCUACCGUGGAUAACCCAAUCAUUUUCAAUUUACCUGCCACCGUGGAAGUGGCCACUCCAAACGUCUAUGCUGAUCAAAUCGAAUAUUUCGCCAACAAUAUCACUGAACGUGAAAAAGUUUGCAUCUCAACGCACACCCAUAACGACAGAGGCUGUGCUGUAGCAGCCACCGAACUAGGUUUAUUGGCUGGUGCAGACCGUGUCGAAGGUUGUAUCUUUGGCAAUGGUGAACGUACGGGUAACGUAGAUAUCGUCACCGUUGCCCUAAAUAUGUACACCCAGGGGGUCUCUCCAAAACUGGAUUUCUCCGAUAUGACCACAAUCAAAGAGGUCGUGGAACGUUGUAAUAAAAUCCCUGUACCACAGAGAGCUCCAUACGGUGGUGAUCUAGUGGUUUCCGCUUUCUCUGGUUCACACCAAGACGCUAUCAAGAAAGGUUUCGCAUUACGUGAAAAGAAUAAAGCUAAUGGUGUCUCAAACGAUUUCUGGAGAAUGCCUUACUUACCAUUGGAUCCAAAGGAUAUCGGCAGAGACUAUGAAGCUGUCAUUAGAGUCAACUCUCAAUCCGGUAAAGGUGGUGCUGCUUGGGUCAUUUUGAGAUCUCUUGGUCUAGAUCUUCCAAGACCAAUGCAAAUCGAAUUCUCCAACGUCGUUCAAAGCAAUGCUGAUAAGCUAGGCAGAGAAUUAAAGGCCGAAGAAAUUACAAACGUCCUAAGAGAACAUUACAACUACAACAACGAGUAUGCCAACACUAUUAAACUGAUCGACUAUGAUGUCGUUAAACAUGGAAACGAACGCAGAAUCUUAACCGGUAAAGUUAAAAUUAAUGGUAAAGAACAUGCUAUAAAAGGUACUGGUAAUGGUCCAAUUUCGUCCCUAGUUGAUGCUGUCUCCAAAUUAUUGAACUGCAGGUUCGCUGUCUCCAAUUACACUGAACAUGCCUUAGGUUCUGGUUCCUCCACUCAAGCCGCUUCUUACGUCAAUCUAACUUACAAACGUGAAUCUGAUAACGAGAAGUGCUACCAAUGGGGUAUCGGUGUUGCUGAGGAUGUCUCUGAUGCAUCCGUAAGAGCUAUUUUCUCCUCUAUUAACAACGCAAUUAAAUCCGGCGAAGUCUCUAUCCCAUCUUCCUUUAACUAA